GACCCAAACCCAAGCCCACUAUCUCAAACUCGCACAGGCCCAAGCCCACUCGAAAUUACCCAAGGUAAUUCUAUAAAAAGCCCUCUCUACUUUGGUUUCUCCUCCAUUUGCAACAUCAAAGAAAAAAAAAAAGAGAUUAAAGAGUUUGAGAGAGAGUGAGCUAAGGGAGAAGUGUGAUCAUUUUGUAGAGAGAGGUUCGCCGGAGCUUGACACCGGAGCCACCACGUCCAGUGACCGCGUUCAGUUCGCCACCACCGAUCAUCCCCUUAGACCACCAUCGCGUUCCUCUCGACGAGACGAAGCCAUAGCCACCGAAAUCAUCGAAAUCGGAGCUCAGACGAAGUCGUACGCGCCUCCGGAAGAUCAGCCCGCGCGCGCGCGUGAAACGCACGCGCCGCCGCCUCCGCCGCCGCGUCGCCGCCGCACCUCCGCCGCCGCCGGUGACUUUUCCGAUUUGGAGUCUAUUUGAGCAGCUGGAGUUCAUAGACAUCACUUCUCUUCAUUACUAAGGUGAGACCGAUGAGCAGGAGUGAUCAUAUCGGACUGGUGCUACUAUUUGGGCUCGUGGGCUUUAUCGUUUUAUCAUUUUAUCUUUUAUCGUUAUUGGGCCUUCAGGCCUUUGGACUUCUCGUUUAUGAUAUUUCUUAUUUCAGCCUCCGGGCUUACGUUGUCAUCGAUAUUUCGGAUGUUUAUUUUCGGGCUUGACUUUAUGGUAUUGUAUUUGACUUUAUGAUAUGACGUGGAGUUUAUUAUCCGUAUUAUUAUUAUUUCCGCUGCGCUAUGAUUUAUUAUUAUUUUAAUUCCGCAUUUAUAUUCAACAGACGCGGUCGCGUCAGUUUUGGUAUCAGAGCCGUGUUCCAUCCCGGCUCCGACCCGGGAUGGCGAUCUUUGGAGACUCGGAUUUUAUUCGGUUUUAAUCGGUUUUCAAAUGUUUAUGAGGAUGUGGGGAUUUUAAAAAUAAAAUAAAAUAGCACUUUUCCGUUUGUUAUCACUCCUUUAAUUUUUGGAUUUAGUUAGAAGUUAACUCGUUUGCCUUCAUUUCAGAUGCCGCCGAGGAGAGCUACCCGCGCUCAGAUCGCUAGAGAUGCUAGAGAGGCUCAGGAUGAGCAUGUUCAGCCCGCAGUUCAGCAGCCCGUUGCUCCGCAGAUGGAUGAGGAUGCCAUGAGACAGAUGGUUCAGGAUGCUGCUAGACAUGCUGCUCAAGAAGCAGUUCAGCAGAUUGCUCAGGAGACAGCCAGGCAAGCCGCUCAAGAGGCUGCCCGGGUAGCUGCUCAGGAAGUUGCUCGACAGAUGGCUGCAGCUCAGCAGGUUCCGCAGGGUCCUCAGAUUCAUAUGCAGCAGGUUCCGCCAGUUCAGGUUCAGCAUGAUCAUCAGGCUCCAGCUCAGCAGGCCCCAGCGCCACAGUAUCCGCAGGUUCCUAUUCAGCCAGUUCCAGGUGUCUUUCAAGUUCCGCCGCCACCACCCAUCAUUCCAGUGCACGUGCCGGAGGUUGAUGAGACAUUUAUCAGGGUGUUAUCACAGAUGAAGUAUGUGAACUUGGAGCAUUUCAGUGGUACCACGGACCCUACACUUGCUCACGAUUGGAGGCACAGUUUGGAUAAGUGUUUGAACACUAUCUCAUGCCCACCAAGGCACAAGCUUAGGAUUGCUGAGUUGUAUUUACGCGGAGAUGCAGCAGUGUGGUGGGAUGGAGUGCGAGUGAUGCACCGUGGCGAGAUGACUUAUGAAGAUUUUCUGUAUGCAUUCAACAAGAAGUAUUUUCCAAGAGAAGCUUUGGAUGAGAAGAAGAACGACUUUGAGAGUUUGAGGCAGGGUGGAAAGUCUGUCAGAGAGUAUGAGCAUGAGUUUCGCCAGCUUCACCGAUUUGCGGGAAUUGGUAUGGAUGAGGAGGACCUUAUCAGGAGGUUCUUAAAAGGGAUGCGAGUAGAACUUCACGGUAGGUGCAGUAUGGUCACCUAUACCAGUUUGGAGGAUCUGGUAGAGAAGGCCGUUGUGCAAGAGAAAUGUAUUGCAGCGGAGCAGAAGUUCAACAAGGCAGCUCAGCCUAAGGCCGGAGGGACUUCCGGGUCUCAGAAGAGGACCUUGGAUCAGUCAGGCAUCCAGUGCUUUCAUUGCGGGAAGUUUGGACAUAAGAGUAGGGUUUGUCGAAGCAGGCUAGCCGGUGCCCGUGUUGCACCGCCAGUAGCAGUGGCAGCAGCCCCAGCAGUGGCAGUUGGGAACUGCUUUGGCUGUAACCAGCCGGGUCACAUGAUCAGGGAUUGCCCGAGGAGGGGCAAUGCAGCGCUUCCACCACCACCGAAGCGUCUAGCCAUCGCCCCACGUGUGUUUACAGUUGGAGAUGCCCAGGGAGCCGAGCCGAUAGCGGGUAUGCAUCUUAUUCAUACUUGUUGUGUUUUCAGUAUUUUGGUUAUGUGGUUAUCAUGUGUAGUUAGUAAAAAUAUUGUUUAGGAUUGGUUCCUGUUGGUGGUGAGUC